AUGAGGGAGGCAGCAAAAGAUCGGAUCACUGAUCUACCGGACUCUCUUCUUCAUCACAUCCAUUCUUUUCUUCAUAUCGUGGAUAGUGCUCGUACUAGCAUAUUAUCAAAAAGAUGGAACUACAUCUGGACCACUGUCCCCAUCCUUGAAUUUACGAAUUGCGCCAAUGCCAAGACUGAGAAAUUCAUGGAUUUUGUUGACGGAACAUUGGAUCGUCAUAACUCGUCUAAUGUAGAUAAGUUCUCUCUCGUCAGCACUUACCAGUUGAAUGAAUCACGGUUUCAUUCUUGGAUUGCUACUCUCGCUAUAUCCCAUUCGUCAAAAUAUUUGCUAACAUUUCAGAAUGUCAAAAUAUUGAAACUGACAUGCAAAAUAACCACCGAUGGAGAACUAGCUAUCCUCAAAGCAGUACCUAAUCUGGAGUCACUCAUAUUUGAAGUGUAUGUGAAGGAGGAAGUUGAAAGAAGUGACAAGCACGAUCACAUCUCCGAAGCUGCUGAAUGUUUGUUUCCACACUUAAAAUCAGUUGUCUUUCGGCAAUUUUCUGGGAAUCCAAGGGAAAGGAAGUGGGUGAGGCUGAUUUUGAAAUACGCCGAAGCGUUGGAAAUACUGACUAUCCGUCACUGUGGUAGUUAUCUUGUCUUCAGAAAUGCCAGAAGUGAAAAGGAACUUAUGGUAGAGAUAUUAAAUUAUUCAAAAGCCUCACCUGGUUGUGUGAUUAAGUUCUGUUCUUUGGAUUAG